AUGCGUUUAAAGACACGAAUUGUGUCCACUCUUCUGUUAUGUUGUUUAUCUUUGGCAUCUUUUGUCUUAUAUUUCGUCGUUUUCUUCGACGACUCCGAGUCAAAACAAACUCCGAAAACAACUUUAAUUAUUCUUCCGUUUUCUGAAAUUCGAAUCAAAAAUCAAACAAAAAAAGCCAUUUCUGCGGACAUUGUUUCCCGAAUCGCUUCCAAAGCCGACGCCAUGUCUUUAAAUGUCUCACAAGAAGCGCUGUCUCUGUUGUCGAAACUCAAAAGCGAACUUCGCGUCGACCAAACAGACGUCGAUCCGUCGCGUGUUUGGACAGUCGCGCAGUCGUGGGUCACAGCGCGCGCCGUUUUGCCGGAAAACGCGACUCUUUUGGGACUCGUUUUGUCGACUUUAUCGCGAGCACGUGUGUCACGUGCAGACGUGAGUCGUUCGGGAACUCAAUUGAAAGUAUUGCUUGACUUAGAAGGCGGUCAACGCGUUCUAUUCAAACCCAAACGCUAUUCUCGCGAUUUUAUUGUUGACGGCAUUUACGGCGGGGCUGACCGUCAUAACGGAGAAAUAGUCGGUAAUAUUCACCCGAAAACCAAUUCAUUUCUUMUUCGUCUUCUAUCCUUCUAUUCUUCAGCCUUUCACGUGUCACGUCUUCUAUCUCUGCGUUCGGCACCUGUUGUUUCUUCACGACGUCUUCACAUCGAUUCUGAACUUCGAUCGGUUGCCACUCCGGGAUUAUCGUCCACUUUUCUCAAUGAUUCUUGUUUUUAUGGCGACUGUCACUUUUGCAGUCCAUCGGAUGCGGUUUGUUGUGAUUCCAGUGGUUAUCUUGAAGGAUCCGUUCAUCUCUUACUUCCGGCAAAAUUCAAGUUACAGCGUGUAAGACAUCCGUGGCAACGAACUUAUCGAUCGGGAGUUUCCGCUCUUUGGGAAACUGACGCCGAGUUCUGCGACAAAGUCUUAAAACGCGUUGCUUUGCGUCCGCGACUUCUGGAUCUGAUCGAUGCGUCAAUUCUGGACUUUUUGAUCGGCAAUGCUGACCGACAUCAUUACGAGGUCUUCAAAGACGUUCCCAAUUCAGCGGUUCUAUUGAUCGGUAAGAUUUGGAAUCUGUUUUCCAAUCGAAUUAUUGAUCUAUUCUUAGACAACGGGAAGAGCUUUGGAAAUCCCGAUUUUCACGAACUGUCGAUUCUUUACCCUUUAUUACAAUGUUGUCACGUGCGUCGAUCAACUGUCGCGCGUUUGCGUCUUGUGGCCGCUUUACCGCUUUCACACGCCGUUCAAUACCUGUUAUCGGAUGACGCGCUUUGGCCUCUUUUGACACGUGAGCAUUUGUCAGCUCUGGACGUGCGUGCUCGGCGCGUAUUGGCUGCCGUCGAGUUUUGUUUAGAAACCAAAGGUUUUCGACACGUUUUUGCAAAAUAA